GGAGGGGCGGCCGGGCAGGGCCAGUGCGGGCCCCUCCCGGAGCGCGGGCACGGCGCGGCCCGGCCGCAGGGCAAACAGACUGGUUGGGAAGGUAUGAAGGCUGCAGUUUAUGGACUGUGUGGUACAGGGGCCUGUCAUCUUCUCAUGACCAUGUGAUUCAGCAUCCUCCUGGCUGUGAGGUCAGUUUGUAGCUUGGCAUCAGCACACUUGGCUGGCUGGCAGCUCCAGUCUCACAGGAUCCAGAGAAACGUUCUGCCACUUGAAGCCUCUGGCAUUGAAACAUCAACUUGUUAACGUACUCUUCAUCCCCAUGAGACCGGGACCAUAGCCUACUUGGUCAGUGGGUGUUAGAUCUUCCCUCUGAAGACAAAUUGAGUUGGUUACUUCCUACCACUAUGGAUUGGAGUUGGUGACUGUGUUUGCCCACCACAUCCAAGUUAAUGGUGUGCCAAGGAUAGAUGUGAAGCAGGUCUUUGGGUCCAUGUUGAUGUGGUAUCUUCUUAACUCAUCGCGCCGCCUUGAGCCCACAGCAGCACAGGACAUGGAGGCUCUUGAAGUGGAUGACAUUAGCCCUGCCUUGGAAGUGACUGAAGACUUUUUCAAUAGUUUUGAUACUAAGCUUGAAAAGAUUGUGCAGCCUUCUGAGGUGUAUGGUGUACAGGAGGUCCCAGAACUGGUUGGGCAUGAGGUAUUCGAUCAGAUAACAGAGAGCAGGAACCUGAGGAACGUCACUUCCUUAGCCAAAAGUAGCCUCAUCUGGGAUCACUGCAAAAAUGGCCUCUUGGAAACCAAAGCUCAGACAGUGUUCCCUGCCAAAGACCAGUGCAUGGUGCAGAGGGGAACAGCUGCUGACAACCUUGCUUGGGCAGGGGAAGGGGACACCACAGCUUUUAAUAUCUUCAAGAUCUGCCAGCGGCGGAGGGACAGGCCUCGCUCAGUGAAUGACAUCCUGGUGCAGAAUGAGGAAGCCUCCAUGUUCAAACCAGGUCACAACAGGUCGCGCUCUGACAUCAGCCACGUGAACUGGAGAGUGGUCUUCACAGGCACCUCCCUGCAGCAGCCACCUGCACCUGGGCAGGACAAUAACUGUGCUCUGCUUUCCUACCUGGCCCUAACCAACGGAGGGGAUAUCCAAGGAAACACAGAACACAAGACAGUGUUCUCAAAUCUUCUGAAGAAGGGAUACUUGGAAGUCAGAAGAGACAAUGACAGCUACUGGCAAACCUGUUACGCUGAACUCUCUCAGUACAAACUGUACCUGUAUUGCCUGGACAGCAGCGGCAACCAGACCCUUCCCACCGUCUAUCCACUCAUGCGUUUUCAAAGGGUCGCUGUCACUGGUGGCAUGGAAACCAAGGUGGUGGACACUGUCCUGUCAGACAGCUCACAGCUACAGCUCAAGGCAGAGUCCUCCUGGGAGACUUUGGACUGGGGACAGAAACUUUGGGAAGCGGUGCAUGCUUCUGGGCCGGCUUUUACAAGACAGCAGGAGAAACUGGAGAAUGUGCCAAAGCCUGAAAAUAACAGUGACCUUUCUCAAACUAAUGGGGUGUUAGAGAAGCCUAUGGAACUCUUCCUAUCCAUGAAUUUGACUGAAAACACUAAAGAGUACCAAAAUAUUCUGAAAUCAGGGACUCUUUACAGACUAACUGUCCAGAAUAACUGGAAGGCAUUUACUUUUGUCUUGAACAGGUCUUAUCUCAUGGCAUUCCAGCCUGGUAGGCUUGAUGAAGAUCCCCUGCUGAGCUACAACGUGGAUGUGUGCCUGUCGGUGCAGACAGAUACUCAGGAUGGCUGUGACUCUUGCUUUCAGGUCAUUUUUCCCCAGGAUGUGCUGCGCCUGCGCGCAGAGACGCGGCAGCGGGCCCAGGAGUGGAUGGAGGCGCUGAAAGCAGCGGCCAAUGCUACCCGAAGUUUGACUCAGAACCCACAGGUGACGCUCAGGAACAAGCCUGGAGCUCGGCCCUUUGGGAGUGACCUCCGAAAGAGCAAGCGGCAGUCUGUGACCACCAGCUUCCUGAGCAUCCUGACCACACUGUCUCUGGAGAGAGGGCUCACGGUUCAGAGCUUCAAGUGUGCAGGCUGUCAGCGCUCCAUAGGCUUGUCCAAUGGGAAAGCCAAGGUGUGCAGCUACAGUGGAUGGUAUUACUGCAGCACCUGCCAUGUGGAUGACAACUUCCUUAUCCCUGCACGGCUGGUUCAUAACUGGGACACUUCCAAAUACAAGGUUUCAAAGCAAGCCAAAGAGUUCCUGGAAUAUGUUUAUGAGGAGCCAUUAAUUGAUAUCCAGCAGGAAAAUCCCAUGUUGUACAGUCAUGCUGAACCUCUGGCAACUGUUGUCCGCCUGAGACAGCAGCUGAAAUCCCUGCGAGCCUACUUGUUCAGCUGCAGGGCAGCGGUGGCUGAGGAUCUGCGUAGAAGGAUCUUUCCCAGAGAGUACCUUCUUCAACAAAUCCAUCUUUAUUCUCUGGCAGACCUUCAGCAGGUUAUUGAAGGAAAGCUGGCUCCUUUCUUGGGGAAGGUGAUCAAGUUUGCCACCUCUCAUGUGUAUAGCUGCAGUCUUUGUAGCCAAAAGGGUUUCAUCUGUGAGAUUUGCAACAAUGGAGAAAUCCUUUACCCCUUUGAGGACAUUUCUACAAGCAGUGGGUCUGUUUGUGGAGAUCCCGACCCAGCAAAUCAUGUAAGCACACUUAAUGGAAGGCAGACCAGUAAUCCCAAAGAAAUCAGUGGGAUGUGUGAAAGUUGUGGUGCUGUCUUCCACUCUGAGUGCAAAGUGAAGGCUGUACCGUGCCCCAGGUUUGUGAAAAUAUGGAAUACUGAUUUUUGCUUCAUAUAUAAUCUACAGACUGUUGUAUUCAAGGCAGAAAGCAGCUUUGAUUGUGGAAGCAUCUCGCUAAUUGCAGAAGUAUUUUUAAAAGAAAGAACAGGGUACAUCAUGCUUACAUUAAAAGGAACCUUUGGACUUCAUCCCUGUGAUGAAAUCAGCUACAAGCGAUGAGUUAAUGUUUGACCGGGACCACACAAGCUGCACAAGGAAACCGUGUGCAAGACCUUCUCUUCCUCCUUAUUUGCUUUACAAGGAACCACUGCAUCCCAGCUGAAAACUCGUCAGUGAGUGGAAGGUAUGUCUGUGAGGACAUGUAUUGCCAGUCCAUGCCUGAAUCCUCUGGGCUGGAGCCAGGAGCAGGGGUUAGAUGUACUGCCAAGCAGACCUGCCUAGCACAGUGGAGCUUCAUGGACACUUCUGCACAUGGAUAAAAGGAAACUGAAACCCAAGGAGAGCCAGAUGGAUGCACAAUAUCAGCUUUAGGAACUCACUGUAUAUAGCACAAGAGAUCUGCAGUAGAACUCAGAGAAGCAGUGCUGCACACACGCCAUUCACCACUGGAUUGCUACACUGUUUGGGAUGGUGAUGAUGUUUCCAGACCAACUUUUUCAUUCAAUGCCUCAGAAAAAUACACAGAUUACAUCUCUUCCAGAGCAAUGGUUUCACGAGAUACUCUGACCUAUUUCACUGCCAGUUCAGCCCAGGUCUCUGCAGGAGGAGAGGGAAAGCCCUGCCGAAGCAGGAGCUGAGGCAGUGCCCUUACCAGUGUGACUAUUGCACAUUCUGCUGUCAGCUGCGCCGCGCUGAAGAGCGUCCGGACAAAGCGGUAGAUGUGCUUGUGGUCAGGGUCGUGCUUGUAGUAGUCAUCUGGGACCUCCUCCCGCUGAAAGAAAGUUCUUGGAGUUACUGAAAAGCUGCCUACUUAACACUGACUGCAAAGAACAGCUUAUUUCUUCUCACCGAGGUGUAUACACCCAUUUCCUGUCACACAGUUAUACCCUGAAAGAAGCAGCCUUGCAAUAUAGCAAACAUUCCAAACAAAACACAGGAGCUUUAGCUGGUUAGCUGGUCUCUCUUUUCUGACCACUUGUUUCAUCUGUAGGGCCAACAGGAAAGAGCAUGAACUACCAUCAUCACUGCUAGGUGCUAACUAUUGUCCAUGGAACAUUCUUCAGACUGAAAGAGAUGUAAAAAAAAAAAAAAAAAAUCCUCCCUGCAAGAAAAUCACAGGUAUAUGCACACCAGGGAAACAAUGGCUCUUCAAAAGGCAAAAUUAAGAGACUUCAAGAGAUUCCUCUUCCAGCUGAGGAAGCACUGAAGAACACAUGGCAGUAAUUCUGUCACAGGUAGCACUAGAAGGUAAUUUACACUGCCUUCAUAGAACUCAUUUUUGAGAGACUCCAGAAAGACAAUAAAACUAAUGAACAACUGGAUUUAACUCUGACACAGUGCUAAACUGUUUCUAAACACAGGGGAGAAGCUCAGAAAUAAACAGUCCAUAAAAGCAAUCCUAAAGUAAGUGUUUGAGAUAUGUUCUGAUACUUAGCACUUUUUCUGGAGGGAUGAAACUUCAAGAGCUCCAGCUCUGCACACUGGUUCUGCAAGACUGAUACUGAAUGGAUUUCUGUCUACAGUCCAAGUUAGACCUGCAGUAUGGUCAGGACAGCAGCUGAGAACAGCACAGCUGCUUGACACCAAGCUAGCAGUUGAAAGGUAAGCAAAGCAGUGUUUCCCUGUGGUUUUGUAGUUUGAAAUAGCUGGGGAGCAUUGUCAAGUAAAGUGCAGAUGUAAGUUAACUUAGUGCUGCCCACACAGCCUUCUAAUACACCACUGAGCAACAGAGGUUACCUCUGCAGGGGGAACAUGCAGCAUGAGGAACAGCAUGAGCAGGAACACUGCUCAUUCCUGUGCUACACGUGGUACAAAAGCACAUCUGAAGUACAUUUUUGCUGACUGGAUGUCCUGAGGUACCCCAAAAUGGUAUUGUAUUCCUCAUCCAUCUGUGCCCAAAAUCUCACUGUGUCUUAAGGACCUGCUGUGGGAAGCUGGGGAUGGUGGAUGCUGUCCCAGGUGCUUUUAGACUUGGCUCUGGAAGGCAGCUGGGCCCUGCUGCUGUGUGGGCUUGGCUUUGCAGCUGCCUGGUCUUGCCUUGAGCACAGGAUUUGCCCAUUUUGGGUUCUCUUUUUGGUGUUUUUUUUUCCCUGGUCUCAGAGAGACUGCUGUUAGUGGCUUUCUCAUCUUGGGAAGGAUAUUUCUGGCAUUUUGGGUCUCUCCUUGGUCCCCCAGGAUGUGAGAUUCAGCAGUUUGGUUUUUAGCAGUUAUUUACUGUUAAUCUUUGUCUGUUACUGUUUUGUUUGUUAGUAAACUGUUAUUUUUUCACUAACAUCUACUUGUGUUCAUUCCUUAUUGGUGGAAAGGGAUUGGUUGAACCUAUACACAGAGGCAACUUAUUCCAGAGUGUUUUCCUUUUAAAUUGUCUCAAACCAAGGCACUGGAAGUGAGAAAGGAAGCACUAAGACUGGUAUUUGUGACUAAAUCCAUGAUACUGGUACCUGGGUCCCAUUAGGGUCAGCAGAGCUGGGUUUGGACUCCUUGUGACUGCAUCUUUAGAACACAAGGUGUUCAGAGAUUGCUUCUGCUAAUUAACCUUCCUGAAGGAACAGCAGGUACCCAGGCAAAACAUCAUUGCUAUAGAAACUAACAAGCCAUGUGUGCCUUUCCCUCACAAGUGUGACAAUCAGCCCUAACUCUAUUUCUGUCUGUAUGCUGCAGGAAGAUAGAAGAGACCUUUAAGUGUUCCCCAGAGGACACAAUGAUUGUCUUCUCAUUUAAUAGGAGGGAGGCUAUAAGAAAGGAUCAAAGGAUGUCAGGUUGUUAAAUAAAGAAAUUGUCUGAUGGAGCUCAUCUUACAUAAAUAAUUUUGAAUGCGAAACAACAGAUUCAGGCAUUUCAAAUUGUGGGAGAGGUUUUAGAGGUUUUACAGUGACUUCUCUGAGCCAGAGAGAAGUUUGAUAAGAGGAUCCAUGUUUAUCCCUGAAAGAAUUUCCUACCAAGGUCAUUGACACAGAAACCAAGAAAGAGAGGAGGAUAAGUAAGAGCAACCUGCAACUCUAUUCCAAUAAGCUCUCUGUCUCUUCUGACCAAUGAGUAAAGUGUAAACUUAGGGGUUUUUUAAGAAUGUAUAAAAAGCAUGCAUGCUAGAAUAAAAAAGGAUUUGAAGCUCCUGAAAA